ACACUUCUGCUGUGGUAUUGGCCCUUUGGAGAGUCAUCUAGUCUAGACGGCAAUCCUUGCAGUGCCCUUUAUGGCAUACCCAACUGUGUCUUAGUGACUGAUCAUUCCUGGUUUCCCAAAGCAGACCUGAUUGUCUUCCACAACCGUGAGCUGAUCGAAGGAAAGCAGAGGCUGCCCCUGGAUCUCCCCCGCCCAGAAAAACAGAGAUGGGUCUGGCUCUCCUUGGAGAGUCCACCUUAUAAUGGGAAUAUGAGGCCCCUCGCUGGUCGCUUCAACUACACCAUGAGCUACCGCCGCGACUCAGACAUUUACACACCAUCUGGGCAUCUUGUGCCAAGCCAAGCUCCAAAUGGCACAACUGUUGAUGACUUCAUACCAAAGGGCAAAACUUCUCUGGCCUGUUGGAUAGUGAGCAACUACAAUGACGGACAUGAGAGGACGGCUGUGUAUAAAAAGCUGAAAAACAUCAUCCCAGUGGAUGUGUACGGGGGUGCCGUGAAUAAGCGUCUUUCAUCAGAGAAUCUGAUACCCACAGUCUCCCGAUACUACUUCUACCUCUCCUUUGAGAACAGCAUCUUUAGAGACUACAUCACGAAGAAAGUGUGGCGCAACGCUUUUGCGGGUGGUGCCGUACCCGUGGUAUUAGGUCCGCCCCGGGAGCAAUAUGAGGCUGUCAUGCCAAAGGACUCCUUCAUUCAUGUGAAUGAUUUUAGCUCAGUAGAGGAACUGGGCCACUUCCUGAAGACACUGGCCGAGGAUAAAAAACGCUACGCCACAUACUUCAACUGGCGACUAAAUUCUUCCUUUAGAUUUAUAACAGAUUGGAAAGAGGAACUGUGUAAAAUCUGCCCGCAGGUUAGCAGUUUACAAAGGCAAAAGGUAUAUGACGACUUACAUGGCUGGGAUUGGCAAUAAAAGCUGCAGGAUACAUUAUUAAUAUU